AUGGACGACACCCGACUCAUAACUGAGGUGGAAAAGUACAACGUUCUGUAUGACCCUCAACAUUACCUGUAUAAGGAUGUCGUGGCAAAGGAGAAGGCAUGGGAUGCUGUGGCUUCAGCUGUUCGUGCUGAUGUGAGUGACUGCAGGAAAAGGUGGAAGAUUCUCCGUGAUGCAUUUGGUCGAAACCGGAAGCAAAAAAAAAUGCCCAGUGGUUCUGCUGGUGGAACCAUUAAGGAAUGGAGAUACGAGAAAGUUAUGUCUUUCCUGCUGCCACACAUGCAAGCCAGAAGUUCCAGAAACACUCUGCAGCCAGAGGAGGAAGUACCGUUGGAUAUGACUGUGACUGAGGAGGAUUUGGAUCCUGAGCUCUCAGAACUCUCAAGUCCACCGUCCACAUUCAUGACAGUACAAGGCUUUGCAACCCCAACUCCCUCAGCUGGUCAGAGAUCUGCCACCCCCACACCACCCUUAACAACCACAAGAUCUGCCACACCCACACCACCAAUUUCAGCUCAGAGAUCUGCAACCCCCACACCACACCCAAGAGUUCAAGCUUUAAAGGAUGAAAGUCAGCAGCCAAGACAGAAGUGGAGGAGAACUGUUGUACCCAAUCCAACAGAGCAGCAACUGUUAGACAUUAUAACACAACCUACCACAUCAUCCCCACCAUACAUUCCAAGACAGGAGGAUGAGAUGUAUUACUUUGCCAUGAGUUUAGUGCCUAAACUAAACAGGCUGCAUCCCAGACUCCAAACCAGAGCUCAAAUUUACAUACUCAACUAUUUGUCAGACUUACAAUUUGAAGAAGAAAAUCUGAGACAGCAACACUCAACAACACCCACAGGCCUGACAAGUCCAAGCUGCCGUUGA